GAGCCAGGGCUGCCACUGUUUGGAUAAACACUACGCUAGUUCAGUAGCAGGUCUUCUUGCGUCCGUGUCUCUCCUGUCGGGACUUGUCUGCGCUCAUCUUGACUGUGCAGCAUAGCAGUAUUAUGCGAGCACCGUCCGGUGUGUGGGAGCACCGUGUGAAGUGAGUUUCUUUGAAUCAUCUAUAUGGGCCAUCUUCUCUCGAAAAAUGGUUACCGCCUGAAGAAGAGGACACGCAAGUUGCAUCACAGGAAGAAGAAGAAGAGGAACUGUUUCCUGCAGCUGCCUUGCAUGCUCUGCUUCAUCGUCCACAGUAACGCAACUGGUCUAGACGACGACAGCGACCAUUUGGAGGCUGGUGUCAACGGCAGCGGGUGCCGUCACAACAGCAUCACUGGAAUCAGUGUCCCUGGCGUGGGCGGAGUUGGCAUCGGAGCAGCAGCUGCUUCGAAGCUCGCUGAGCGGUACGCAACACUCACAUCUCCUGAGGAUUGCUCCAAGUUCCUAUUGUCACCACGGGAGUUGGCUAUCUGGGAGGGCCAAGGGAGGAGCCUUUUAUCAGCCGUUCCUGCAAAACUGAUUCCGCCACCGGCGUUGUUCCGAACCGCUGGGGUGUCCGUGACUGUGCCCAUUCCUGUACCUGUGCCUGGCUGCACCAGCGACUAUACUGAGAUGGUGUGUAAGAGGAAGUGCUCAGAGGUGCAGAGGUGCACCCCCUGUAAGCAGCCACGCUGCGCCUUCGCUGCCCCUGACGGAGGGCUGGAGAAUGGAGGAGUGGGAGGAGGUGGGGGAGAGGCUGCCUCAAACUCUGAAACUGGCCACUGCCACCUUCCCCUCUGUCCACUUCCCUCCUCCUCCGCUUCUUCUUCCUCUGCCUCCUCCUCUUCCUCCUCACCUGCCGACGGCUGCUGCGGGUUGGGUCUCCAUGCAGAUCUGCCCCACAGUUCAGACUCGUCCCCCUGCUGCCUGCACCAGUAUGACGACUGCCAGGCGAGAAGUUCUGACGCUGCUGAUCACUUAAGUAUCAACCACCUGCCUUCCUCCAUCCUUCUUAAGGUGCUGUCCCACUUGACAGUGAAGGAGCGCUGUCUGUGUGCCUCUCUGGUGUGUAAGUACUGGAGGGACCUCUGCUUGGACUUCCAGUUUUGGAAGCAAAUUGACCUCAGUGGCCUACAACAAGUAAAUGAUGAUCUCCUGGUGAAGAUAGCCUCUCGGAGGCAAAACGUGACAGAGAUUAACAUCUCGGAUUGCAGAGGGGUCCACGACCACGGUGUGUCCUCCCUGGCGUCACACUGUCCGGGCCUGCAGAAAUACACAGCCUACCGCUGCAAGCAGCUUGGUGACAUGUCCCUGUCGGCCUUGGCUACACACUGCCCUCUGCUGGUGAAGGUGCAUGUGGGCAACCAGGACAAACUGACGGAUGAUGCACUAAAGAAGUUGGGAGAGCAUUGCACUGAGCUGAGGGACAUCCACUUGGGCCAGUGUUACAGUAUCACAGAUGAAGGCAUGGUGGCCUUGGCUAGAGGGUGCCGUAAACUGCAGAGACUCUACUUGCAAGAGAACAAACUGGUCACUGAUCGGUCCGUGCGAGCAGUCGCAGAGCAUUGUCCUGAGCUGCAGUUUGUUGGCUUCAUGGGAUGCCCGGUGACCUCUCAGGGAGUCAUCCAUCUUACCGCGCUACGAAACCUGAAUGUCCUGGACCUGCGGCACAUCUCCGAGCUCAACAACGAGACAGUGAUGGAGGUGGUGAGGAAAUGUCGCAACCUCAGCUCCCUCAACCUCUGCCUCAACUGGAGCAUCAACGACAGGUGUGUGGAAAUCAUCGCCAAGGAGGGGAGAAGUCUGAAGGAGCUCUAUCUUGUGUCUUGUAAAAUCACAGACCACGCUCUGAUAGCCAUAGGCCAGUACAGCAGUACCAUAGAGACUGUGGAUGCCGGCUGGUGUAAGGACAUCACAGACCAGGGAGCCACACAGAUCGCUCAGAGCAGCAAGUCGCUCCGCUACCUGGGCCUCAUGAGAUGCGACAAGGUGAACGAGGAGACGGUGGAGAGGCUGGUGGUCCAGUACCCUCACAUUGUGUUCAGCACGGUGAUGCAGGACUGCAAGAGAACCCUGGAGAGAGCUUAUCAAAUGGGCUGGAGCCCCAACACGUCAAACACUUCGUAGCUACUGCUGGAUCACACACACACACACACACACACACACAAACACAUAGCUACACAGAGGCCCUACUUGUGUGCAGACACAAAUACACAAUACUUGCAGCUCAGUCAUGUUUGCUUCUCAUCCACUGUUCAAACAUGCAUGUGUACAUGUAGCUACACACUCACAUGCAAAGGUCCAGUUCAUCAACUGUUUCAUUUGAAGCAAAUCUCCCAUUUUAAUAAUUUAAGGAAUAUUGGCCUCCUGGUAUUUUAGAAUUUAGUGAGAAAUCAUACACCUGCUGUACUGCUCAUAUGUUACAGCCAGCCACUUCAUUGAAUCGUCCCCAUCGUGAUCGGUUAGAAGUCAGAUAACAGCCAAUAAUAUUGUGUUCUUUCAUGGACCGAAACCUGGAGUGACGAGUUAGUGUCGGCGCAACAGGUGUUAUUUGAUGUAAGUGUUGAUAGAGUGUAAAGCCUCAUACAUCUGAAGUCCUGCGGGUCAACUUUGAUGGAGUGAAGGUGAAGAUGCAUGAGGGGGGGGGUCUGGUUUGAAAACGACCCAAAGUAACGCAUCGUCUAAUGAAAGACAUUCAGCGCUGGCCAGACCAGAAUUAUUCUUAACGAGAAUAAUAGAUUGAAAAUAGUUUGUUGCCCCGAUUGGAAGCGAUGUUCCCACGUCAGCCCUCGGCAGCGUUUACUUCCUUCAAGCUGAACUCCGCUGCUGCAGUGAGAUCGCACAAGACAGAGCAGAGACUUGGAGAUCAGGAGAGGACGUGCCACAACUUCAGUCAGGAAGACAACUGAACUGCAAGGGUUUCGGACCUCGUUUGAGGCAUUUUCAGAAACCUGUAAUGUUCAUUUUGUUUGUUUGUUAGAAGAUUUCCCCUUUCCUGGAUGUUCAGUACAGUGUUAAAGCCGUUUGUGGACUCAUACGUGUUGAGAUUGUCAACAAGGCUCCAUUUGAAGGACAGAGCUCUUUGCUGUGACUUAUUAUGCACAUCGUCAUGGUACAGACGAAAGGAUCAGGUCAGAAACAGUCCAACCCUGGCGAAUGCAUGGCAGGAAAACGGUAUUGCUAACGACUCAAAAACUGCAUGUUUACAUUGAGAUCUUCACCUUAUUUUUUCAGCUGAAGAGAUGUUGUCUGCAGACGAUCUGACAUUGAAAUCAGCCUCUGUAUGACUUGGGAACAAUGCUCCUUUUGAUGCCAUGCAUAGAUUUAGGGUUGACUAAACGUUACAGUGAGUCAGUAAAGAAUGAAAUCAAACCAUGCUUGAAAUAGAAGUUGCCUUUACCUGAAAAACCCUGGGUCAUGUUAUCAGAAUAUUUUAACCACAACCACCGUGAUGACAGGUAAGAGGAAACGUUGCCUUAAGUGGUUAGCAGGUACUCGCCAUCCAAUUAGCAACCUGAACACGACCCAGAAUUUACUACAGAAAUGUUUAUCUGCUCUUGAGUUUAUCUAAUAUCAUAUUCCCUUUAUUUGAUCUGAUAUAUACGUAUAAAUAAAUACCGUGUGGGAUUUACUUAGCCUAAUGUUGGUUUUGAGCGUAUACUUGUAACAUUAUAUAUGUAGCAAUUCAAUGAGGGAUUUAUCUUUCUUAGUGGUGUAGGAUGUAAAGAAAAGCUGGCUCGGGCCUAUAGAAGUCGGUAGGUAGGAGUUGAUCAUUUUUCAUCUCUUCUAUAGAAACUCAGUAGUGUACAGUUAAAAAUGCAAAUAACCAGGGUAUUUUUCUAUGGUGUGAACCGGCUCUGGGCUCAGCCUCCACACACUGUCACUCAGAUACGAACAAUAGCUUGCUGAGCCUCGGGUUUGAGUAGAACUGUAAACUUUCUACAGCAUAUAGAGAUUUCAGACAAUUAAAGACAUGUUCAUUCUACCCUUGUCAGGAUUUGUAGACUUUAAUCGAUGGAGAGUUUCUCCCUCAGCCUGUUUUUGUUCUGUUUCUGUUCUUUUGUAAUCCCCAUAUGCACUUUCUUCUCUGCUAGAUGUUGACACACUUGAUUCCUGAUUUGUUAAGGCAACCGUAAAUGACUGGAUUUACAUAAAGAUGAAUAAAACACUAUUA